CGGGCAGCAGUGGUCAAGCCAAGCUAAAGCUAGCAGAGCACAGGCUCUGCUAAUCACUGCGGUAGCUGGAUAUCACGUCUACGUUACUGAGUCUGGUAAACCGGCUUAGCUUCAUGGAAACAAGCGCACCUUCCCAUCAUGGUGAAAAUAUUCAUUGGUAACCUCGCCUGCAACACCACGGCGGAGGAGCUGCGGGAGCUCUUCGAGAAGUACGGCAAUGUCACCGAGUGCGACAUCGUCAAGAAUUAUGGCUUCGUGCACAUGAGCAACAUGUCGGAGGCGGAGGAGGCCAUCCAGAACCUCAACCAGCAGCAGCUGAACGGCUGGCGCAUGAACGUGGAGAUGAGCAAGGGCCGGCCCAAGUCCACCACCAAGCUGCACGUCAGCAACCUGGGCGAGGGCGUGACCAGCGAGGUGCUGCGCGCCAAGUUCGAGGAGUUCGGCCCCGUGAUGGAGUGCGACAUCGUGAAGGACUACGCCUUCGUGCACAUGGAGCGGAUGGACGACGCCAUGGAGGCCAUCAGCAAGAUGGACAACACCGCCUUCAAAGGUAAGCUGAUGAGCGUGCAGCUGUCCACCAGCCGGCUCCGCACGGCGCCGGGGAUGGGGGACCACACCGGCUGCUUCGUGUGCGGGAGACGCGGCCACUGGUCCAAGGACUGUCCCCUCCGGGACGACAGCUACGGCGACGGCCAGCGGGGCCGUGGCGGGCGGGGGCCCCCGCGCGCCCCCCCGACCUACAGCACCUACGGGGUGGCCUCCCCGCCGGCGGCGGCGGCGGAUUACAUGCAGAGCUCCGCGUACACCCGGAGCACCUACAUGGGGGGCCUGCAGCCCCCGCCCCCUCCCCCCAGGGUCGGCGGCUACAGCGCCGAGGCGGCGGGCUACUACAGCAGCAGGGCGGCCGCCCCCGCCACCGACAGGGCGGCGUACGACCGCCUCUACGGCAGCGACAGCUACUACGAGCGCUACCGGGCGUACUACGGCUCCAGCUACUUCGAGGACCGCCGCGCCGCCUACAUGCCCCCUCCCCCGAUGCCCCCGUCCUCCCUGUCAAAGAUCUCCUCCAGCGCGGAUCCGUACAGCCGCCGGGCGCCGCCCCCACCUGCCACCGCCGCCGCCCCCGCCGCCUCCAUGUACUAUGCACAAGACCACAGCGGCGUCAGGCGGAUACCCGCCACCCCGACCAGCUACUCCUACGAGCAGGCGUCCUCCACGUCCGCCGCUUCCACGGGCUCCUACGCCGUCUCACAGUCCAAGGACCAUUACACGCCGCGCUACGCGCCUUACUGAAGCCCCGGCGCCCAGGUGCGUCAGAGAGCUGCAGGACUCCGCCCCCCUCCUACCGUCAACGUCUUCAGGCUCCGCCACACGCAGAGAGAAUCCCAGGAAGCAGGAGCCGGGUUCGGACACUGUCCCGUUUUCCUGGAGACGAAUCGUCCCUUCGGCGUCGCCGGGCGCCGCGGUGAUGAUCGAUCUGUACAAAACCAAUAAUUUCCCGCCGACUCUGCAGGUCUUCAGCUCAGUUUUUAGCUGUGUGUCGAUUGUUUUUUUUUUUUUUUUCUUCUUCUUCUUCUUCUUUUUUUAAUUCCUCGCACCUGUUGUAAAGUGUCUAAACAAAACAGCGUCCCCUGGGCUUUGUUGUGUCCCCUGAGGGGACACAACAAAGCCCAGGGGACGGUGUUUUGUCUGUCCCUUUAGAAGAGUUUUAUUUUGAUCAUUAGUUACCAUCCACCUGUAUGUUUGAAUGGAAGUCCCACAGCGUGACUGUCUCAGGGUGGGGGUGGAAAAGCUCACACGAAGGAACGAGAGGACCCGCUCAGGUCCAGAUGAACGUGGCUUCAUAUCACAUCGUCUAAUAUUUAAGCUCUUCAGUACAAAAAAAAAAGAAAACAACCAUGAAUAAAGAAGAAAAGCUUCACUUCCUCACAUUUCCAACAUUACGGCGUUUCUUUUACCUCCUUCAAAUAACACGUUAUAAUUACUUCAGAAUGUGGUUUCUUUCUUUGCUUGUAAUGAGUUCUUGGAUUUGGAGGCGUCCAGAGACUGUGUGUGUGAGAGAGUGUGUGUGUGGUAUGAGGUCAAACAUCUUGCUGUGGCUGAGAUGUCUCUCUUUUUGUGAUUUUUUUUUUUUUUUUUUUUUUUUUUUUUUUUUGCAGAGAACACACAGUUUCACCACACAGAAAAGAACAUUCCAGACCAUUUUAAUGUGAAUGAAUCCCCAAACUCAAAAUUCAUACAUCGUGUAAGCGAGUGAGUGAGUGGGACUUGACGCUGGUAGAGAGUGUGUGUGUGUGUGUGUGUGUGUGUGUGUGUGGUAGAAGUGUGGAGUGGGGCUCGGGGCUUGUAGAAUUUGGGGGAGUUUCUCUUGAAGGUGCCUUGUUUGGUUUGCUUCGAGACGGAUUUGAACUUUGUAUUUUUCGUACGGCAGCGUCGGAUUCAAAUCUGAGAACAUUUUUAAUAAACCCGAAAUUAUUUUGA